AAAAAAAACAGUAAAAUACAUUUAAGAAAAAUAUAAGAUUUUAUAUCAGAAGUUCGUGUUAUAAAUAAUUUAAGACAUCCUAAUAUAGUAUUAUAUAUGGGAAUUUGUAUAUAAAACUCACAAUAUUAUAUGAUAACAGAAUAUUUAAACGAAGGCUCUUUAUUUGACCAUCUCCAUUGUUUAAACACUGAUUUUUCUUAAACAUAAAUAAUCAGAAUAUUAGAAGAUAUAGCCUUAGGAAUGAGAUAUUUACAUGGAAUAAAGGUCAUGCAUUGUGAUUUAAAAAGCUCUAAUGUCCUAAUAGACGAGAAUUGGAAUGUUAAAUUAUGUGACUUUGGUUUAUCUAGAAUAAAAUCGAAAUUAAAUAAAUAAAAAAAACAAUAAAAAGAAACUUUUUUAAUCGGGACGCCUUAAUGGAUGGCACCAGAAGUUAUGAGAAGAGAACCUUAUUAAGAGCAUUCUGAUGUUUAUUCCUUUGGGAUGAUUCUUUGGGAAAUGAUUAAUAAAUAAAUUCCUUAUAAAGGAAUGUCCCAUUAAUAAAUUUAUGGUACAGUAGGCUUCGAUGAUAAUUAUGAAAUUCAAAUUCCCAAAAAAGGAAUACCUAGAUAUUUAAAACUAAUGAAAUAAUGUUUAAAUAGAAAACCAGAAGAUAGACCGUCUUUUAAAAAAAUAGUUUAAGAAAUUUAAGAAACUAAAUAAUAAGAAAUUUAGGAUUUUGAAAAAA